CAAGGAUACAACAACGUCACUUUCAAGCAAAUUACGUGAGCUGAACUUUGCUUCCUGAUUGAGUCUUGUUUCUUUCUUCACCAUCAUCUUACUUCUCCUCCCUUUGCUCGUUCAUUGGGUGAAACGAUCUCAAAUCGUUGCUCAUUGUCGUAUCGCGCGGUUCGGAUCCGAUCAAAAAGCCUGCGGCCAAUCCCACGUCUUUUAAUAAAGCGGAGGCCGACAGAAUCUCAUUUCGAGUUCCUUUAAUCGGAAUAUUCUGAAUCUAAGCACAGCCUUAACCUUAUCAUCUCUUAUCACCAUCCAUCGCAAUGGCCGUCAAGAUGUCAAACAAGGCCUUCCUUGCUUCGGCAAUGGUGGCAUUCACAAUGGUCAACCAAGCAAAAGCACAAAGUAGCAGUACAAACAGUUCAACUUCCACAGUUAUCUCUUCUUUGGUUUUGAACUUGGUCAUCUUCACAGUUGAAAUGACUGCUUUCUUCAUCUUGCGUCCCAAAUUCCCAAAAAUUUACCGACCAAAAUCAUACCUUGGAUUGGAAAGCGAACGAGUUGCACCUACUUCUGAUUCCUUGUUUGGUUGGAUCCCAGAAUUCUUGCGUACACCAACUUCAGUCAUCCUUUACAAGAACGGUUUGGAUGCCUAUCAAUUUGUUGCUUUCUGUGAAAUGAUGAUCUGGUUCUUCGUUCCAGUUUGGCUUUUCACUUGGAUUUUCCUCAUGCCUCUUUACGCAGCUAAUUCUAGCAUCGGAGCACAAGGUUUCAACAUGUUCACAUAUGGUAACGUUGGUAAGUCACGCAGUCAACAAUUACGUUUGAUCGGUGUCUUGUUCGCCAAUUGGAUCAUUAUCUUGUACUGGAUCUGGGUUAUGCGAAGAUUUAUUGCCUCUUUCAUCAAGAAUCGUCAAGAAUUCCUGUUGUCUCCUGAACACAGAGCUUCAGCACAAGCACGUACAAUCUUGAUCACUGGUAUUCCCAACGAUUUCCUCUCCGAACGUAAAUUGUCAAACAUGUACUCUCACUUCCCUGGAGGUGUUGCCAAAGUUUGGCUCAACAGAGAUUUGCAAGAUAUGCCUGAUUUGUUCGAUCAACGUAUGAAGGCUUGCAACAAAUUGGAAGGUGCCAUCGCAAGUGUUCAAAAGAUUGCAUUCAAGAAGAUCAAAAAGGGCAAAGUUACCGCUUCAACUGAAAAUAAAGAUGCUGAACUUGAUCUAGGUGUUAUCGAAAAGUAUUUGACAAAGAAAGAACGUCCAACACACAAAUUGGGCGCUAUGGGAUGCUAUGGUGAAAAGGUUGACACUUUGGAUUGGUGCCGUGAAGAGAUUCCAAGAUUGACAAAAGAAUUGGACGAACGUCGUCGUGCUGCUGAAACUGAUUACGAAACCUACCGUCCCGCUUCUGCUGCUUUCAUCAUGUUCAACACUCAAAUUGCCGCUCAUAUGGCCGUAAAGACACACGCACAUCAUCAACCAUACCGUAUGGCCAACCAUUAUCUAGAAGCUCAUCCAUUGGAUGUAAUUUGGGAAAACUUGGGCAUGAACCCUUACGCUGUCAAGAUUCGUACUGCUAUCGGUUGGGCAAUCACCAUUGGUUUGGUUCUCUUCUGGACUUUGGUCACUCUCGUCGUUGGUUUCAUUUCAAACGUUACCGGUACAGCUGAGAAAAUCAGCUGGUUACAUUGGUUGCUCACUAUCCCAAGUGUUGUCAGAGGUAUUAUUCAAGGUAUCUUGCCUGUUGUCUUGCUCGCAGUUGCCAACAUCCUUUUGGUAAUGUUCUUGCGUUUCUUGGGUCGCUUCAGUGGUAUCCCAACAAGAUCUGGUGUGGAAUUGUCGCUAUUUGACCGUAUGGCAAUCUUUAACAUUAUUCAAAACUUCUUAAUCUUGACAAUCAUUUCUGGUGUUUCAAAUGGUAUCAACCAAAUCGUUGGUGUACUCUCUAAGCCAGCCGGUUUGCCUGGUCUUUUGGCACAAAAGGUUCCAAAUGCAUCAACAUUCUUCUUGUCUUUCGUCCUUCUUCAAGGUUUGACCGGAUGUGCUUCUGGCUUCUUGCAAAUUGCACCUUUGAUCAUCUACUAUAUCAAGAAAUUCUUGUUGGCCUCAACACCACGUAAAUUGUGGCACAUCGAAAACGAUAUGCCUUCAGUCGCUUGGGGUACUUUGUUCGCUAGUACUACCUUGUUGAGUGUGAUCGGUAUCGGUUACACAAUCAUGGCACCAAUCAUGAACGGCUUCGCAAUGGCUGCCUUUAUGUUGUUGUUCGUUAUGUACAAGUACAACUUUACCUACGUUUACAACAUGUCAGGUGCAACUGAAACUGCAGGUUUAUUCUUCCCAAAAGCAAUCAACUUCUGCUUUGCAGCAAUGUACUUGCAAAUGCUCAUUCAAGCCGUUCUUUUCUUCAUCUCUCAAUACGCUUACGGUGGUCAAUCUGCUAUUCCUGAAGGUGUCUUUAUGGUGAUUUUGAUUGUGAUCACGAUUGGAUUCCAUUACUUCUUCAUUGAUUCUUAUGGAUCUUUGUACACCGCUUUGCCACUUUCUCUCGUUCAACCUGAAGAAGGAAAUGUUACAGGCGCAACAUCUUCCAACACACCAAAUGAAAAGAAAGGAUUAUUGUCCGACACACAAAAAGGCAAUGCUGGUAUCGUUGACGCAAACAGCAACAGAGCCGCUUCUGGUACUGCUGCUGAACAUGAAAACGGUCACGAAGAUCCCGAAGAUGCAUUCACACCAAUCCCACUCAAGGAAAACCAACGCGCUAUUUGGAUUGCCGAUGAUGUUUUGGGCUUGGGUCGUGCAGAAAAUGAACGUAACCGUUCUGCAGGUAUCUCAACAACCAUGCGUGGUGCUACCCGUGAUGAUAAAGGCAAGAUUGAAACUGAUCUUCACUGCCCACCAGGAGAGAUUUUGCUUUAAUCUUGAUCUCUCUUUCAGUUUGCUUCACUUUUUAAUUCUUCUUUCUUCCGUCUUGCAUUAGUACAUAUAAUGACGUUAAACUUUCUUUUCUACUAUUUAUAAAAAUCGCUUUUCCUUUCUUUUACCUCGCUUUGUUUAUUACCUUUAUAUCCGCUCUGCAAUUCUUGCAAACAACUUACAAUCUUUUCUAUCAAAUUCCCUUGAAUCUUAUUUCUGACUUUUUCGAAUGCAAUGAAAUUUCAGAUCA